AUGGAAGACGAAGUAAAAGAAAUACAGAUGGAACUGGCUGCUAUUAGACGAGAAAGAUUCUUUUUGAGCCGAAAAACAGCGGAUGGAAUAGAAUCGGAAGAAACAGAGAAAAACGUAACAUUGUAUACAGAAACAUCAAAAAUGCAAAAUGAAUUGGACUGUAUGAGAAAUCCACAGAUGUCACAAUUGCGAGAAGAAUUGAUAAGAGCUAAGAAUUUGGCAGAUGAAGAACGGUUUCAAAAAGAGAAGUAUGAGAGAAAACUAAAAGAUCUUGAACUAAAGCUUAAUAAUAUAUGUCAUACAGAAAUGACAGAAGUUAAAGAAUUACGGAAAUUCCCCGCCGAGGAAGUUACCGCUUUGAAGAAGGAACUGAGAGAUUUGAAAGAAGAAACGGAAGAAUUGAAAAUAUCGCUGAAUGAAAAAUCUGAUGAAGCCCAAGAGUACCGUUUGAAGUAUCUUCAAGCUCAGCAGCAGGUGGAAGAAUUCAAAAGACAGAUAGAUGUGAUAGAUUUUGAUAAUAAACAAGUAUCAGAUCAAAUACAAAUUGAAAUUCAGAAAAUGAAGAUACAAUUCCAAGAAAAGUUGCAAGAGCUAGCGCCUUUACCAGAUUUGCUAAAGGGUGCUCAAAUUCAACUUCAAGAAGCGAAGCAAUUACAAAAGCUGGCUGAGGGCAGCUCGGAACAACUCUCUAAUGAAUUACAACGUGUCAAAGAAAAGCUGGUAAUCGCUGUAAAUAAUUUAAGUAUAGAAAAGGCGGAUAGAGCAAAAUUGUCUGAGGAUAAUAAAAUGCUAAAGACCGAGACGGAACAAAAACAAAUGGAAGUGGACGAACUGUCUAGAAAUAUAGACGAGUACAAGUCUACGAUAUUACGAUUAGAAGAAAAACUGUCCCAACAAGAACUGAGGUACAAAGAAAAAUCAUUAGAAUGUUCCCAAAUCUUAAAAGAUUUGGAGGAAUUAAGGGAAGAGAGCAACAGAUGUCUAACGCGAAGUAAAGAAAGAUCUGACUCAAUGAGACGUUAUAUGCAAAUGCAGAUUUCGGAGCUAGAACGACAGUUGAUACAAAGUCGGGCACAAUGUAGGGCGUGUCAAAAAGAACGGGAUGAUGUCCGUCAGCGUAUACAGAUUCAAGUGAACAAUUUGCAAGAGAACUUUGAUCUCGUGAAAAUUCGGUUCCGAGCCAUGCAAAACGAAGUAGCCGCACUAAAGAACACUUAUGCUAUUAUUUUGACCGAUGAAAAUGAUACGGAUUACUCAAAAGUUAUAUCGACG